AUGUGUUAUGGACACCCAGACCAUUGUUUUGCACUUCAGGUAACGGUAAUAUCUGUGGUCGAUUGUCCAGUCCGCUACGACAGCUUUCGCCGUGGAGUUGUUGCUGUGCCCAGUGAUAGGACAGGUAUCAUCACAAUGCCUUCUUGUGAAGAGGCUAUUCGGCUGGCCCAGUAUGCCAAGUAUUCCGGCUGGUCACCUAUCACCGGAGUCAUUUCCAGUGACUGCUUUGAACAACAAUUUUCCCAGCCAUUGCCGGUUACAUUUGGUCGGAUUCCACCUGAGAUAGAACACGUAUCUCUUGCAGGAAUACACACAGUUCGGACAAUUGAAGAUAUUUUACAAGGAAAAGUUAACUCGGGAUUUGGCAUCAUUUUUGCCAUGUUUACGAGGCUAACCGUGGAUAUUAAUGAUGUCUUGCGGCUGGUUCGUCUCUCUUGUGCGAAUUGUCAACAUCGGAUGUAUCCCUGUUCCAAUGAACAAAAUCUGGGAGGUUAUCACAAAGACGAGACACCCCAAUCCAGCCUGUUCACGUGUAUAACUCCCGAAUGUCCCCUUUCUGGUCAGCGAUUUGAUCCCAUUGACUCAGAACACCUUCUAAUCUACUUCUGGAUGUGUCAGCCAGGUUAUGAUCAGCCCAAUCCUUACCUGAACGUUCUGGCCUGCGAGCGCCCGAAUCCUUUUGAGGUUUAUUCCUCGUUGUGA